AUGGAUGUCCCUGUCGCGGCUAACGUGCUCGGCACUAUCGGAGCUCUAUGUUGGUCUAUCCAGCUAAUACCCCAAAUCAUCAUCAACUACCGCCGCCACAAUGCAACCGGCCUCCAGCCCUCCAUGAUGAUGUUCUGGGCCUGGGCAGGCGUCCCCCUCGGCAUCUACAACAUCACCUCCUCCUUCAACCUCGCCCUCCAAAUCCAACCUCAAAUCCUUUCUUUCCUGUCCCUACUCACCUGGAUCCAAGUCUACUACUACGAGAAAAAGUGGUCAGUGGUUCGCAGUUUGGGCGUUGUUGUACCUAUCGCGUGCUGCAUGGCUGGUAUAGAGAUAGGUUUGAUUUUCGCAUUGAGAGAGGGUGCGACUAAGGGCGUUGAAUGGCCAAAGACUCUCAUGACCGUGUUGGCGGCGCUGUUCCUUGCUUGUGGUGUUUUGGCGCAUUAUUGGGAUAUCUAUACGCAUAGGACGGUGAGGGGUAUUUCGUUUACCUUUUGCUUUCUCGAUGCGUUGGGAGACCUGACCUCGUUGAUUUCAGUCUUCUUUCAGCCUCAUCUUGAUGUUUUGGGAAUUGUUAUUUAUGGCGUUGAGUUGACGCUUUGGCUGGGUAUUUUUGCUUGUGGUGGGUACUACAAUCUGCGACCUUGGUUGCUGGAGAAGAUGUCGGUGAGGACGCGAUGCAAUUCGGGGAACGGAGGUGAGAACGAUGUUGCAGUGCAUGAUAUGCCUUCCUCGACUUCGGCAUUCAGCACUUCUUCUGCUAGUGUUGAUGCGGUUGGGUUGCGUGAUAGACACACAGCUUUAACAUCGCAAGCAUAA